AUGGUUUGGGGUUACUUCCUCCUUAUUGGGCUAAUAUCAGGUUGGUUUUGAAGUCUUUAAAACGUGUAUUUGUGCUUGCAGCCGAGAUUUGCAACUUUGAAAAUGGGCAGACUUGUGAAUUGUGGAAGUUUACCAACUCCAAAGAUGUAGAUAAUGAGGGAACCCCCGGGAAAUUCAACAAGAAUGAGAACUUCAGAGUUGUUGUGGGAAGUGGAUUCAACAAUUCGAGUAAGGUUCAAGCAGAUCAUCUGUUGUUUUUUUUAAAUUGCCUCAUAAAUCAUCAUGUUUCAGAUCAUUAUGCUUAUUUCUCAAGUUCGGAACCAAAAAAGUUUAUUCCGAUGGUCAUCAGUUCCUAUUUUCAACAUACUGUAUCUACAGUAAGACUUAUAUUUUCUGCUUGAACUCUUUUAGUGUGAACUAAUCUUCAAACACCAAGUUCAUGGACUUCCUGGAUCAGAAUUACUGGUCACAACUCAGCAUCUGGAUCACAAACCAAUGUUGGAAUUCGAUGAUAAUGAUGAAGACAAGGAAGAUUGGAUUCGACCAACAUUCAGAGCGAGUUAUCGACCGACCAGAGAAGGGCAGGAAAGGUAAAGCGCGCUUUGAUGGCUGUAUUAUUGUUGUAUUCUAAUGUAAAAAACGUAUUUUAGAUGGAUUCAAAGCCGAGUGGCAAUCGGUCAAAUCUUGUAUCCCACCAGAAUCCGGAUUGAAUGCCAUAGUGCAAAACAACAAAAGGAUCCGAACAUCCAGAAUGUGGAAUGCAGAGUCGAUGACAUCCAUCUGGAGAAUUGUGACGAAGAAGUUUGGACUCCAGAUUCCUGUUCAUCCAAGCAAUCUAAGAAGUAUUUGUGCUCAAAGGGGGAUCAAUCUAAAUGCAUCGAUUAUGCUGAUGUCUGUGAUAUGAUCCCCGAAUGUGAGGCCGAUGAAGAUGAAGAUGAUUUGAUCAAUAAAUGUGAUCAGGUACCUCCUGGAGCGAGAUGUGAUUUCGAGAUGGACUCGGAGUCUGGAUGCCCGGAAUGGAAAUUUCAGAAGGGCCAGAACAAUUCGAGGUAUCUGAAAAGGAUCUCGUUGGAUGAUACGAAGAAAGUUAACCCUCAUGGACUCCCUCCUGAUGGUUAUUUUCAUCAUGGGACGCAUAGAAAAACAGGUAUGGCAAUGGUCAUGGUGUCUAACUAAUCCCAUUAUAGGGCACUUCCUGUUUUUCUCUACAUUUGGCGCUGAAUUCGAACGCCAGAACACGGGUGAAGUGUUUUAUAUCUCAGCGAUAUCACCUGUUUUCCAGCCGACAUCCCCGAAAACAAAUGAAAUUGGAGCUUCUGAAUACAGAGCGUGCAUGGUAAAAUUUUUUUUUUGUAAUAAAAAAAUAUUACCUGAUCAUUCUCAUCAUAUAAUUUCAGGUCCGAUUCUUCUUUUGCCACACGGGUGCGUCGACUUUCCAGUUAAUGUUGGAACGGGGAGAUAAGAAGGAGGUUCUCUGGACACCACCCAAGACUACAGGUGCAUCUCCAUGCACUUGGCAAAAGGCCACUGCCGUGAUCCCACACCAAUCCGUCAAAUAUCGCCUUAAAUUGGCAUUUGCCAAACUCUACAAGCAACCGUUGAGUGUAGCCAUUGAUGACUUUACAAUGACUCCCAUGUGUUUCUCAGAAGGUAUGCUUGUAUUAGUAGACGAUUUAUUGAAAAUUUAGAAAGCAGUUGGGACACCAAAUAUCUGCCCGAUUCAUUGCGACUAGAUUCCCUCAAAAAAAUCAACGAUUCCAUCAGAGAUUCCUGGAUCAUUAAGAAGGAUGGCGAGUAUUAUAUCGAAUUGUAUGGAGCAGCAGGGGGAAAAUUCAAUGUAAAAGAUGACAACAACAACGGUGGAGCUGUCAAGACCACUCUUCAAUUGGCUAAAGGACAAGAAAUCAGAUUGAUACUGGGGCAACAAGGAGAAAGUCCAUGUGGAAAAGGAUUGGACGGCAGUCUGCUAAACAUAACCAAUAAGGUACGUCUUGUGUUCCAUAAACAAGUAAAAAAUUCAGGUGACGUAUGCUAAAAUAUUUAAUUCUGUAUGUUCUGACACUUAUGGAGAUGUCGAUCUCCUCCGCAAAGAUGUCCACAAUCUGUUCGGCACUGGCGGUGGAGGCGCGUCGGCUUUGUUCAUCGACUCCAAGCUCAGUAUUGUUGCUGGAGGAGGAGGGGGAGUGAUUCCUGAUGUGAUCCCUUCCACCGAGGAGAUCGAUGCCCGAGGCGGUGUUGCAAUUAAGGACCAGAAGGCCGACGAUUCACAGAACUGGGCCUCCGGAUACGGAUUCUCUUUCAAUCCAAAGGUAAGAAAUCAAAUUUGUUUAGAUGGAAAUACCUCAAGUCCCCGACGCUCAGAUGCACGUCAAAAUAAAAAGGGAAUUUCGUCAAAGCCGUGGCGAUCCGCGAAAUAACGAUUUGCGGUUGGCGAGAGGAAGAGGGCGCACGCACAAAAAGGAAGAGAGCGGUCAGAGAAAGAAGAAAAAAAUCGGCCGUUGCUUUUCGCUGCGGCCCCUCACGAAAUUUCGUUUUUCUUCUAUUUUCAUUCUGACGUGAGAUGCCGAUGAAAAUGGCACCACGCCAUUUAGGGCGCUACGACAUUUCGGGUCAGGGACAACUCGGGUCGCGACAACUCGGGUCAACGACAACUCGGGUCAACGACACUUCGGGUCAACGAUGCCGUUUAAUAUUUUCGCUUCGGGACUGGGAAAAAAGAAUUUUUUGGUGAAUUUAAAAAAUUUUUCAAAUGUUUUCGCUUCGGGACUUGGAAAAAAAUUUUUUUGAGAGUUUGAACAAAUUUUUGAAAUGUUUUCGCUUCGGGACUGGGGAAAAAGAAUUUUUUGGUAAAUUUGAAAAAUUUCUGAAAUGUUCUCGCUUCGGGACAUGGAAAAAAGAAUUUUUUGAAGAAUUUGAACAAAAUUUUUAAAAGAGAGUUUUUUACAAACUGAAAGUACGCGCGACGCCAUAACUAGGGAUACACUUGGCCAAUUAUAAAAUAAUUCCCGCCGGGACCCAAAGCAAAUUUGAAAUUAUUCGUGUGUACGGUAGAAAAAUAUUUUUUGUUGGAGGACGAGACAUUUUCUUGUUUUGUUGAUAGUACUGCAAGGUAUUUGGUAAGUCGAGUGUGUGUAUUUUGUUUGAUUUUGUUGAUUUUUGUGUAAUAAAGAUAUAACUUUGUCCAUUUAUUGUUUAUGUGCCGCAUUACGGUUUCAAGGCCGAAUUAUUACCUUUCUGGCGGCUCCGGUUUUAGCUAUCGCAACACGGAAGAUAAUCUCUGCCCAAUCGUUGGUCCGGAACAAAGAGGUAUGUUGUUUUUGCUAAUUUUGAGGUGUGUUUUUGGUUUUAGAACAAAAAGUUACCUGUUUUUCUCUGAAAUCUUUGGGAGAAUCACUUUUCGGUCAAUAAGGGCCUAAUUUUUUGUUGUUUUUAAUACUAAGGGUGCUUUUCAGUGGAUUUCACUGUACCAACCAAUGAAGAACAGCAUGGUUAACACAGAGAAGGAUGGCCCACUGGCAGAUGAGGCGUCAGAAAGAAAGGAGAAGGCCCUCAAAACAUGCGAAACUAAUGGAAUAGCCAUUGUGAACAAAGGAAAUGCCAUCAAAAAACUGGAAUGGGUAUUCGCGGUCAUAGAUCCGCAAUAUCAGGAUAAUAUCAAAUUAUGUAAAUGUAUAUCUGAAUUUCAUUUAUCGUAAUGAACUUGAAUGCUCUCUUGGUUUAAUUAAUUGUCCUUUGAUGGUUUACGACGAACAGGUCUCUUGUUCUAACGCUGAUUUUCUGGGCCGUGUUAGUUUCCUUUACCCCAUUUUGGCCGCCGAUGUUUUACGUUUGGCAGUAUUGGAUUAUAAGUCAAAUAAGAUGUGUUUCCAAAAAAUUUUUGUGUUCACAAAGAUAACACGUCAAGCUACUGGAAAUCAAGAUUAAAACUUUCAAUUCAUUUAAAUCAACGUGUUUAUAACAAAAAUAGAACAAAUAACAACAAAUUUACUGUUUUUCAGUCUCAAUAUUAAAAAUAAAAUUGGAGCCAAAUACAUUUUCCAUCUUAUCCAUGUUAAAAAUGUCGUCCACCGAAUUCCCCAUUUCUGUAUCAUUAACCAGCGUUUUACAGCCUACAUCACUUUUCCUUUUUUCACAAUGGCUAUUCUAUUAGUUUCGCAUUUUUUGAGGGCCUUCUCCUUUCUUUCUGACGCCUCAUCUGCCAGUGGACCAUCCUUCUCUGUGUUAACCAUGCUGUUCUUCAUUGGUUGGUACAGUGAAAUCCACUGAAAAGCACCCUUAGUAUUAAAAACAACAAAAAAUUAGGCCCUUAUUGACCGAAAAGUGAUUCUCCCAAAGAUUUCAGAGAAAAACAGGUAACUUUUUGUUCUAAAACCAAAAACACACCUCAAAAUUAGCAAAAACAACAUACCUCUUUGUUCCGGACCAACGAUUGGGCAGAGAUUAUCUUCCGUGUUGCGAUAGCUAAAACCGGAGCCGCCAGAAAGGUAAUAAUUCGGCCUUGAAACCGUAAUGCGGCACAUAAACAAUAAAUGGACAAAGUUAUAUCUUUAUUACACAAAAAUCAACAAAAUCAAACAAAAUACACACACUCGACUUACCAAAUACCUUGCAGUACUAUCAACAAAACAAGAAAAUGUCUCGUCCUCCAACAAAAAAUAUUUUUCUACCGUACACACGAAUAAUUUCAAAUUUGCUUUGGGUCCCGGCGGGAAUUAUUUUAUAAUUGGCCAAGUGUAUCCCUAGUUAUGGCGUCGCGCGUACUUGAAGCUUCCCUCCAAGGGGCCCGGACAUUGUUGCAACGACCAUCACCAAAUUUCUUGAAACUUGGCCAGUAGAAGGGCCUGAGCAUGCUGAUCAAAAGCGUCAAACGUUUUCCCAAAAUUUGCAUUAUUUCGGGAUUACUGUAACAUUUUGUGUUUUAUAAAGCGGCCGUUGUCGUGGACCAGGUGAUCGCCCUACGGGUCCGAAACUUCUUGUCUGUACGUUUUCGAACAUGGCCAACAUUUUUCUAAUUGAAACUUUUUUUGUAUCUUUUCGUCUUUUGGUAGUACCGUAAUCGUCAUGAUACCAUAUCGAUUACUGUCAAAAAUUGGAACAAGUGUAACAAGUUUUCAAACCUGAUUAUAAAAGUUGGACACCCUUCCCGUAAAAUAAAACAAAAAAAUCAAAAAUAAAAAUAUAAGUUUUUGAGAUAUAAGCGUUCAAAGUUGCCAUGUUCGGUUACUGUAGGACCAAAAAGGAGAUGAUCAAUUUUCAAACGGUACGAUUGAUUGCCACGCCUCACCCAUUAAUAGAUCAGCCUUAGAAAAAUAUUUUCAGGUCAAAAAAUAAAUAUUUGAGGCUUUUUUUCAGGCUUUAUACGAUGGUUACUGUAGUUUCUAACUUUUGUUAAUUUCGAUAACAAAUUUAUUGGAAUGACGAAUUUAGACAAGCUAUCCGGGUUAGAAACGCGCAUACAUCAUGGAAGGCAAAAAUCAGAAUCGUAAUACUACCCAUUCCUGAAAUAGUGGGAGAUUACGGUAGCCGUACCCACUUUUUUCGCUGUUUGGCCGCGGCAUUCUUUGGAGCUGCGAGUGUAACAACUUUUGAACCCUGAAAUUCAUUCAGGAUGGAUAGAAGAGCAUUUCAGCAAAAAAUCGCGAAAAUAAAAAUAUAAGUUUUUGAGAAAAUCCAGGAUUACGGUCAUUUUAGGGGGUUUUUGGGCCGUUUGGCCGCGGCAUUCUUUGGAGCUGCGAGUGUAACAACUUCUGAAGCCUGAAAUACAUCCCCGAUGCUCUAGAAAGUACCUAUGUAAAAAAGCCCGAGAAUAAAAAUAUAAGUUUUUGAGAAAAUCCCGGAUUACGGUAGUUUAGGAGAGGAAAUCCCCUGAAAUGACCGUAAUCCCGAAUUUUCUCAAAAACUUAUAUUUUUAUUUUUGCGAUUUUUUGCUGAAAUACUCUUCUAUCCAUCAUGAAUGAAUUUCAGGCCUCAAAAGUUGUUACACUCGCAGCUCCAAAGAAUACCGCGGCCAGACGGCCCAAAAACCCCCUAAAAUGACCGUAAUCCUGGAUUUUCUCAAAAACUUAUAUUUUUAUUUUCGCGAUUUUUUGCUGAAAUGCUCUACUAUCCAUCCUGAAUGAAUUUCAGGGUUCAAAAGUUAUUACACUCGCAGCUCCAAAGAAUGCCGCGGCCAGACGGCCCAAAAACCCCCUAAAAUGACCGUAAUCCAGGUUUUUCUCAAAAUCUUAUAUUUUUAUUUUCGCGAUUUUUUGUUGAAAUACUCCUCUGUCCAUUAUGAAUGAAUUUCAGGCCUCAAAAGUUGUUACACUCGCGGCUCCAAAGAAUGCCGCGGCCAAACAGCGAAAAAAGUGGGUACGGCUACCGUAAUCUCCCACUAUUUCAGGAAUGGGUAGUAUUACGAUUCUGAUUUUUGCCUUCCAUGAUGUAUGCGCGUUUCUGACCCGGAUAGCUUGUCUAAAUUCGUCAUUCCAAUAAAUUUGUUAGCGAAAUUAACAAAAGUUAGAAACUACAGUAACCAUCGUAUAAAGCCUCAAAUAAAGCCUCAAAUAUUUAUUUUUUGAUCUGAAAAUAUUUUUCUCAGGCUGAUCUAUUAAUAUGUGAACCGUAGAGAUUAAUGGAAAAGGUUAAAAAUUGAUCGUCUCUAUUUUGGUCCUACAGUAACCGAACAUAGCAACUUUGAACGCUUAUAUCUCAAAAACUUAUAUUUUUAUUUUUGAUUUUUUUGUUUUAUUUUACGGGAAGGGUGUCCAACUUUUAUAAUCCGGUUUGAAAACUUGUUACACUCUUUCCAAUUUUCGGCAGUAAUCGAUAUGGUAUCAUGACGAUUACGGUACUACCGAAAGACGAAAAGAUACAAAAAAAGUUUCAAUUAGAAAAAUGUUGGCCAUGUUCGAAAACAUACAGACAAGAAGUUUCGGACCCGUAGGGCGAUCACCUGGUCCACGACAACGGCCGCUUUAUAAAACACAAAAUGUUACAGUAAUCCCGAAAUAAUGCAAAUUUUGGGAAAACGUUUGACGCUUUUGAUGUAUGCCUUGUGGGUGUUCUAUGAGCCAAAUUUGAAGAAAUUCGGUGAUGGUCACCGCAACAAUGUCCGGGCCAUGCUUCACUUUGUAAAAAAGUCCGUUUUAAAUGUUUUCGCUUUGGAACUUGGGAAAAAGAUUUUUUUUGAGAGUUUGAACAAAUUUUUGAAAUGUUUUCGCUUCGGGACUGGGGAAAAAGAAUUUCCCCUCGCUUAUAAACACUAUUUUCCCAAAAAUUUUUUAAACCUCAAUUACCCCUAAGGUAACUAUUUAUCUAAAAAAUUAAAGAAAUAACAUUCGUACCUUAUGUAAAAUAAAAUUGUAACAUUCAGAACAAAAAAUCCUUUUCCCAAUUCCCGAAGCGAAAAAUUUUCAAAAAUUUGUUCAAACUCUCCAAAAAAUUUUUUUUCCACGUUCCGAAGCGAAAAUAUUAAACGGUAUCGUUGACCCGAAAUGUCGUUGACCCGAGGUGUCGUUGACUCGAAGUGUCGUUGACCCGAGUUGUCGCGACCCGAGUUGUCCCUGACCCGAAAUGUCGGGACGCGCAAUUUAGCAGAUCUUAUAGUUGUUUUUUAAUAAGACAAUUUCAACCCUUAGCCUAGCAGAAACUACCGAGAUUUUUAGCGACCUAAAAUCUUCGACAAGGUUGAAAAAAAUAAGGCACCGCAACGUUUUCGGAAUUUGGACAUUUGCGGAACUGCGCUCAUGACUAAGCUGACCACCUAUCAUGACCGAGGUCAAGAAGGUUGUCUAAAAUUACCCGAAAAUGGUCUCAAUGCUUGACUGUGACGGUGACGCCCAUUCCAACCGUUAAAAGCUUGCUUUUUUUGAAACGCUUUUGGCUGGCCGACCCAGGUUUUUGGCUAGCCGUUUAAAAAAUUUGGUUGUGAUUUCAACUUAUUGGCUAGCUGAUCAGACAAUGUUGAAGAGAAAGGUGAAAACAAGAAUUUAUAAAGCACUUGAUUAAAAGCCUUGCUUGCGCAGCCAGAGAGACGGGCUCGGACGCAACCGUCCGAGCUUCCAUCUCCCAUCUUCUCUUAUCCGAUCCCCGAUCUUGCCAGAUCAAGGUGGGCGGAGUUUAGACAUGGGAUUACAAGGAUUAGAUAGAUAUUCCAUGUAUCUUUGUAUGAGAAUAUUAGACAAUGUGACACAGAAUAUUAGACAAUGUGUUGCACAUGGAGCACUCAACUUAAUAUUUUUCAGUUUAAUCACAAUUCUACUUGUCUUGACUGUCGCAAAAUGAACGGGCGUUCUGAGGGUCCCCAUGUUAUUGGCGGCUCAUGUCCUCGAUCGCGGAUCUGGAAUAUAACCGGUGGACUUGGAGGCGGAGGCGCAAGCUGCGGGCCCGGCGCUGGUGGUGGCGGAGGAAUUAUUGGAGGAAAAUUUGGAUACAAGGCCAACGGAAGUGGAGGCAGCAGCGCUGUGCUAUUAAAAGAUGUAAAAGCAGACUAUGCCAUCGGAAUUCAUAAUGGAAACGGGCGUAUUGUCAUCAUGAGAUGCUCUCUGCCUUGUCCGACCAAUUCCAGUUGUCGAUUUGAGAGCAAUGAACUGGGGACACCUCCAAAACCCUUUUGUCUCUGCAUAAACGGAAAAGAGACCGACCAGAAUGGAGAUUGUAGCUCCAUGUCUCUGCUUGGUGAGUUAAAUGACGUCAGUCAUUACAUGAAUUAUUAUCGUUUCAGAGCUUUUGGGAGUCUGGUCCAAAGAGGUCGUUGGUCUGAAUUCUCCUUUCGCUUUCUUGGUUAUUUUUGCAUUUUUCCUUAUCUUGAUUUGUAAGUUCUAAGGUUAUUGCACGAAACGACGAGAAUUAUAAAAGUUAUUUACGAUGUUUAGUGUUUCUGGUGAUUCUCUUCUUGUCAUGCCGCCGAGGAGGGUUACUGUAUUACAUGAAGAAAUACAAAAUUUGUUGGACGAGGAAUAAAAGACAUAAUCAAGACUUUGGAGGUAUGGAGAUGAGUGAUACAAUCGACUCCAGAAUCCGGAUGAGUGAUCGGAUUACCCCCAAUCCCAUCUACGAGAGGCUAACCAUGAUGGAGCUCCCUCAGAUCUCUCGGCACUUCCUCCAGCUCAAGCAAUCCAUUGGACACGGGGCUUUUGGAGAAGUGUAUGAAGGGUUGUUCAUUCUGGAUGGUCGGACAACCAAAGUCGCCGUCAAAACAUUGCCCAUGGGCUCGAAUCCAGAAACAGAUAUGGAUUUCGAAUCGGAGGCCCGGUUACUCAAGUAAGCCCAAAGUUGAAUGACCGAUUAUCUUUUUUUUCAGUCAUUUCGAUCAUCCAAACAUUGUUAAAUUCUAUGGAGUCUCCUUUGAAAAAUUGCCAAAAUACAUUAUUCUUGAGUACCUUGAAGGCGGAGAUCUUCGUAACUUCUUGAGAGAACAAAGGCCCAAGCCAGUAAGUCAUCAUUGCUGAUACAGUACUCUUUCGAGGACCAAAAAUCCGAGGAUGCACAGCUCAAGAUGGUGGAUCUUCUUAACAUGGCGCUGGAUGUUGCCUACGGUUGUGAAUACCUGGAACAGAGUAAAUUCAUCCAUCGUGACAUUGCUGCUCGCAACUGUCUUCUGACUUCCAAAGGGCCUGAUCGUAUGGUGAAAAUCGCUGAUUUUGGAAUGGCCAGGGAUAUCUUUAGUCAGGAAUAUUACCGGAAGGGAGGCCGAGCCUUUUUGGCCGUCAAAUGGAUGCCUCCGGAGGCAUUUCUAGAUGGCAUUUUCAACUCCAAAACAGACGUCUGGGCAUAUGGAGUUCUUUUGUGGGAGAUAUUCUCCAUGGGCUACAUGCCUUACACGAUGAAGGCCAAUCAAGAUGUGAUGCAAUUGGUCGUGGCUGGAGGACGAUUGGAGCCUCCCGUUGGUUGCCCGCAAGAGGUAAGAACCAUUAGUACAUUUAAUAUUAUGUCAUCCUCAUUAAUGAUAUUGCAGAUUUACAACGAGAUGCUUUGUUGCUGGCACACUGAAUCCGAAGCCCGUCCCAACUUUACAGAACUGGUCAGUUUCUUUACAAUGCUGGCUUCGGACCCGAUGAUGGCCAAUCUUCCCCUUCCUCCCACACUCCAUAGACAACGUCAGAAUACUCCCAGUGAGACGUCAAGUUCUCUGAAUCCAACGGAAGAAGUUGGGACAAGUCAGGCAACCGCGAGCACUGUGAUGUCUGAAAGUACCACCAAUUCCUCGAUUCAUUCAAUGCCGACAAAAGGAGAAGGGGUCUCCUUUAAUGUAUUCCCACCCUACGAAUCACGAUGUUCAAAGCCACUGAUGGAGCUGAGAACAAGACCUCAGUUCUCGAACAGAGAGCCGAGCCUGUCAUCCCAUGAUGAUUCCACUUUACACGACACUUGUUCGGUCAAACAAAGCCCGUACAAGAUCGAGAGAGAAUUCUUCCCCAAGCUGCCGGAUGUUCAGGUAAUUACAAUAAGAUAAUAAUAAUAUAUGUAUGUAUUAAUGGUUCUGCAAAACACAUUGCAGUGACGGAAAAUUUAUUUUUGGUGUAUUCCACAGUAUGUAAGAGUGAAGGAAUAAGAAGGUUUAAGAUUUUGGAGAAGUGGCGCGUUUCACUUUUGUUGGUUAAACUUUCUUGUAAUGUUAUUUCGAAGUUUUGCAUAGAAAAUGUCACAGACCACUUUUUCAAAAUCUAAAAAUAUAUGAUGAUUAAUCAGCAAUUAAGAGUUACUUUUUAGUCCUCAUUCCCAGCAGAACCACCUCCAACUCCCCCUCCAAGAGCGAUGAAGAGGACGUCGCCGAAGGAAUCGGCUUCUUCUCCUUGUUUUGGGGGCAGCGACAGCCCCAUGGUCUAA